AAAAAAUCCAAUAAGAAAAAUACAAAAAAAUUAUAAAAAAUCUCUAAUUGUUUUUUUACGAUAAAAUUUAAUGCUCAAAAUUCUUGGGGAAAAUUUAUUUAAUCUUUAUUCAACGAUCGAAAAAAAAACACAAAAUAAAAUUAUGAUGGAUGACAAACAACUAAAAAUUUUGACGAAUUCCGCGACACUUGACGUGCCCAGAUUAAGGGGAUCGACCCAUUCGGUCCCGUUCCCCUCCGAAAAACGUGGUGGUAGUGACGUGAACGCUACUACAUUCGUCAAAUCCCGUGUGGCGGCCAAUAAAAAUCGGGAGGAAGCAGUUAUCGAUCCGCUAGCUAUUAAACGCCCCGAUUCCUUGCAUCUCCGCGAGCACCGAAAAUCCAAAUCGAAGCUCGCCACGGUGAACUCUAACCCUAGAAUUCUACCCGAUAAACAACCGCAAAAUGAUCGCGCCGAUAAAAAAAUGAACGCCGUCGACAAAACCACGAAACUCGUCGAGCCUGACGCUUCCAUCCGCCACGAUUCCAAAGGACCCAAUGAUCGCGGGACGGGAAUUCUCAGAGUUCUCGGAAAUUACGAGAAAAAAUCGGAACCCAAUGCGGCCCUCGUCGAUUCCUACAAGGAGCUGCUGAUCCGGCUAUCCAGAGCCCAGGUAAAAAUCGACGAACUUUCCUUGCAGAAUAGCGCGAACGAAGAAACCAUUCGCAAUUGGAGACCCGUGCUGAGAGAAGCCCUCUUGAGUAAUAGCGGGGACUCCAGAUCGCCGUCCAUCAGCUCGCGGCUCUCCUCCUGUUUCGUGGAGGACAGUCUCAGGAAUUUGAUGAUGCCUCACUCUCAAACACCUAUGGCCAAUGAGAUUAGUUAUAGGGCUAAAAAUGUGGGCGCGGAAAAACCGUUAAAUUUGGGCGGUUCUUACGGGUCAGGACCAGAGCUGCAGAUUUUGAAUGAGCCGCCAUCAGAUCGGUCCCAAAUAACGCGUUGUUUUCCUAAUCGCGUUGUCAAUUUCGUUAACGUUACUCCCCAGCAAAAAUGCGAAGAAUAUUUGAACAAUUCCGACUUCCUCAAAUACGCCCAGUCGUCGUUUCAAUGCUCCCCUUCCAUGGGCGAUCCCGCUAAAGCUACGCCACCCUUCCACAAGAAAAGUUGGAGCGUCGAAUUAGUCAACGAUAAAUUUAGCGGCGAUUUUUCGGACGAUGACGUCAUCGUUCCCUUUAUUCUCAACGUCAAAGUUCUGGAAGACAGACUGGACCAACUGCAGAACGAAUUUAAGGUAGACGAUUUUCUGAGCUGUAACGCUGGAAAGGAUCAAAAGCUUUCGAAAAAUUUAUCCCACUUUAUGCGGGAAUGGAACGCGCUGAAGGAAGACUGGAGCGAUUUCCGGGACAAGGCGUACGGGUGCAUAUUCUGGAAACGGUUGGAAGGCUUCGACGAUUAUAAGGAGGAAUCCAUUUUCGAUCAGACCCCGUCAUCCUUUCCCUCGCUCCCCGGUGAAUAUUCUAGCAGCGACGAAGAGGCGCCACCCAGUUUAGAAGAUGACUACAAAGGACCCAAUAUUAAUACCGACUCCGGAUUUCAAGAAGGGUCCAAGUGCCUCAAUCGCUUGAGCGGGUAUUUUAGUAACGGCGGUAGCGUUACUGGUGACAGUUGCAAUAGGCUGAGCGGCUCGACGGGGAAUGAACAGUCUCAUCUUUUGAGGCUGCUUUGCGCCCGAUUUCUGAGAAGCGAAAUGAGCAGGAUGGAAAAUAAGAUGGCGAAGGUGGAAUCCACUCUUCGAUGCAUCCUUGGAUCUUCCGUUCUCUCCGAUAAAGUAGGUGAGGUUAUUAUUCAGUCCACGAGGAGUGCCGAUAAUGCGGAGAACAAUAAAAUUUCUUUGGCUAAGGCAAAUGUAUCCUCCUUGAACAUUAUCUUGGAGGAACCCAAUAGGACAGGAAACUCCAAUAUUAUAAAUAAUGAAAGCAACAAUAACAAUCCCUCCGUAUCAACCACCAUUUUUGAUAAGUGUGCGCCCGUCGCAUCUACCCCAAAUAAACAGAUGUUAUCGACAAACUCGCCAUUUAAAAUGGCUAAACGUCAUAACUUUGAAGUAAAUUCCAGUUCAAUUAGUCAACUCAAUCAAAGCAACGUGAAGCUGAACACCCGUGGACUCUAUAAAGAGUUUCCGGAAGACGAGAACACUAACGUCGGCGAUUGCAUGACCGACUCUUACGACUCUCAAACAUCCUCUUUAAUAACCGUGGUUGAAAAUCCGUCUAACGCUGAAUACCCGCUGGGCCUCGAUAUGGAUCCUUCGGUGGUCGAAGAAAGUAUUAGCUACCAAAAUUACGGUUCAUUGUUAAUAAAUGAUAGAAUCGCUAACCUACCCCUGUUAGAUAAAACAUCCGAUUACCAAUCAUCUACGUUAAGGAAAAGUUCCUGUCUCAAGAUGUCUCGGGAUAGCAUCGGACCCCUAAAAUGUUCGCUCUCUAAUACCAGCGUCGUUUUUGAUGGUAAUCAUCCCUGCAAAUGCGACGACAUAAUUGCCACUCAUACGGUCCACGAUAAUGUCCAGAAAUAUAGUUCAACCUUUUCGAGCCUCAAUUUAAAAUGCCAUACCGAUUACUCGCCGCCUUUCGAAGCUAAAACUAUUCACAAACUUUUAGCCGGAAGUCCUCUUAGCCCCCUCAGUCGUCCGAGCCCUUGGUUCACCGUACAAUCUCAGUCAAGCGUAAAUCCGCUAACGUCUACGCAAGCGUUGGACCUAAAAUACGCGGCGACCAAUACGCCACUCAACACUCGUUCUAGCCAAUCCUCGAGAAAUGAGGAUUCAACGUCAAGAACUCACUCACUCUCCUUUUCCGGAAAUCAAUGGCGGGACAAUAUGGAUCAUAAAAAAUCAUCGUGGUUAUACGGCACCGAUGAUCAAACAAAAAAAUCUCCCGCUAGAACCCGAACCAUAUGUUCCGUCACUCAUAUCCCAUUUAGGAGUUCGGAAUUGAGUAAAGUGAAACCCUUAAAAUUUUGCGGAAAGGAUAAUUACGAGGGAGUCAAACAUUUUUACGAAACCGCUAAAGAGGCGACACCCUACGCCCGGAGAGUGAAGCCAAUCGCUCAAUCGGACAUUAAAUUAUCCUUGGAAUCUUUCACGCAGAACUUGGUAAAAUCGCCUCCGCACCCCUCUUCAAUGUGUAAAUGUCCCCUUAAUUCGAAUACCGAUAAUUCCGUAGACAUACAUGAGAAGCCGCCUAGUCAAAUUGUCGUCGAUCGUAACGAUAAAUGUCAUUAUUGCGCUAUUCGCGCGCCACCCAGACUAAAUUCACAUUACGCUACUAACGUUGGCGGAAAGAGAAUAAACCCCAUUUGCAUCAGUAAAAGUUUAACGGAAAGUUUCAAUCCUGUCGGGAGCGAGCAAAUAUGCGAAAAACAUUAUAACCGACCUCAUUCUUCGUUUCACCCUAUCAGGUGCGGGGGUUGUUCGAAUACGCCUUGCCGAAUCUGCCAUCGCGAUGGCGAAAUGAGGCAACCGCGUAUCCCCACAGUUCUAAACGAAUCGUAUGGGUGCCAUUUGAAAGGCGAUUAUCUGCCUACUACGAGACAUUCUUCUUACUUACUCAAAUUUCCUUGCUGUAGUCAAAGUCUGAUACAUCCCGCCCAUAAUAAUGACAUUCACCACAAUUUCUAUCCCGAGAGUAUAUGCCAAAAGUGUUGCCCGGAUCGGGAUGGCAUGGUAUGCCUCGAUGAUAUAAUGAUACCUUCAACCCUGUACACCUCCCUGUGGCGGUACAUUUAUCAACAUCAUCAAAACUUAAUGGAUAAAAAAUGGCACAAAAGUGGUAAGUACUCGAGUCAGAUAUUGGCCUCAAACCUUCUCCUUCUCAAGUCUCUGGUUAAAAACGUCAAAACGUCGAUCAAAUGCAAAAGGAGUUGCAACAAAUACAACGUAAUCAAUGGUAAGCCGUGCGGCCGAACCAAAGAAGACCUCUACGACGCGUUUAAAUAUGUACCCUUUUAUGAUGCAAUGGACAAGAGCGCCAUGAAAAAAUGCCAUUCAGAUUUGGCGCUCAUGGUUCGCGGCGGUGACGCAAAUGAUAGAUUAUUGAUAAAUUACGAAGACGACUACGACAAGGUACCCUGGGACAAUGAAAUUCAUAAACUGAAGCAUCAUAACGGGAAGAACUAUUGCGAUAGGCACACCGACACGCGUAAAGAGGAUUGCGUAAAUGUUUGCAAACACGCGAACGCCACAAGACCCAUUCGUGAAAGGUGUCAAUCUAAUAUGCACGAAUCGAAUGGUGGUCACAAGAGCAUAAAAACGAAGAUCCUCACAAAUACGAAUGCCAAUGAAGAUUCCAGAAUUAUUCCAAAAGGAAACGCGACUCCACGUGACGGGAAUAGUCGUGAUAUAAAGAAAGGCAUACUAGCCGCCGCCACCUCACAACGGUAUAUUGAUGAUAGGCCCAAUAGCGACGACACGAAAAAGAUCAAAAUUUGGACAAUUAAAAACAAAACUCUUUCGUCUACGAAAACGACGAAUUUAACCGACAAAAAAAUUUCGAAAAAGCGACACGACAAAAUCAAAGCUGACGAUGACUGCACCUCAAAGCAGCAAAUACUCUCCUCCGAUGGUCCAAGAGCUAAAGAAGCCAAAGCGCUCAUGGCCGAUUUCAAAAAUAUCGUUAAUAACUUCUUUCACAAAAUUUCUAGCAGACACGAUCGCAACAAAACGGAUUGAAAGGAAAAUAAAUAUGAUCGAAAUUAUGAUUCUAGUGACGUCACUGCCUGCUACAGCCAAUGAUAUUUGACUAUAGCUGACACUUUAAUAUACGUUCACUUUCAAUAAAGGAAUGGGUCGUCAGUCUAGCUUCAUUCCAUUAAAUAUUUCCUUUAAAAAAAUAUAUUGUUUUUUUUUUAAU